CCUCUUUCCAUUAUUCUCACACCUCCUCCCAUGGUUUCCCUCACACUUCCAACAUGCCCCUUCCCGACAUUCCAAACCCCAAUCUCUCCUCAUCACCAAGGAGGUUUGGAAUGGAUUCGCACAACAGAGACGGCGACGGUAGCGAGUGCUACGCAUGCACGCAGGUCGGAGUUCCGGUUUUCCACUCGACCAGCUGCGACCGCGCCAGCCAGCCCGAGUGGGAGGCAUCCGCCGGUUCCUCCUUGCUUCCCAUAAGGGACCGGACCGGCGCCCAUAAACCGGAUCUCCAGCCUGCCCGGGCCGGCCGGCUGUGGAGCGUGCUGGACCCGCGGAGCAAGCGCGUGCAGCGCUGGAACCGCGCGUUCCUUCUGGCGCGUGGGUUGGCGCUCGCCGUCGACCCGCUCUUCUUCUACUCUCUUUCGAUCGGACGGGGCGGCUCGCCGUGCUUGUAUCUGGAUGGCGGCCUGGCGGCGGCGGUCACGGUGCUGCGGACGUGCGUGGACGCUGUGCACCUCUGCCACCUGUGGCUGCAGUUCCGCCUCGCUUACGUGUCCAGGGAAUCACUGGUUAUUGGUUGUGGGAAGCUGGUGUGGGACGCACGCGCCGUCGCACGUCAUUAUCUCCGGUCGCUCAGGGGCUUCUGGUUUGAUGUAUUUGUGAUCCUCCCAGUUCCCCAGGCAGUGUUUUGGUUAGUAGUGCCGAGAUUGAUAAAAGAGAAUGAGAUACGUGAGAUAAUCAGGAUUAUGCUGCUCAUCUUCCUCUUCCAGUUUCUACCAAAAGUGUAUCAUAGUAUCACUUUAAUGCGAAGAAUGGCCAAGGUCACUGGCUACAUUUUCGGCACCAUUUGGUGGGGUUUCGCCCUUAAUCUCAUCGCCUACUUCAUCGCUUCUCACGUCGCUGGCGGCUGUUGGUACGUUCUCUCUAUCCAACGCGUGGCCAUGUGCCUCAACCAGCGUUGUCAUGACAAUCGAUCCCUCUCGUGCUCUGCCUCUCACUUUGCUAACGCCACGGCAUCUUCUUCUUCUUCUUCUUCUUCUUCUCUGUGUUUGGAUGUUGAUGGACCUUUCCAGUAUGGAAUUUACAAAUGGGCUCUUCCAGUUGUUUCUAGCACCUCCAUCGCCGUCAAAAUACUUUAUCCUAUUUUCUGGGGAUUGAUGACCUUGAGCACUUUUGGGAAUGACUUGGAGCCGACGAGCCAGUGGCUGGAGGUGAUGUUCAGCAUCAGCGCAGUUCUGAGCGGUUUGAUGCUCUUCACUCUGCUGAUUGGUAAUAUCCAGGUGUUUUUGCAUGCUGUGAUGGCGAAGAAGAGGAAGAUGCAGAUAAGAUGCCGCGACAUGGAGUGGUGGAUGAAGCGGCGCCAACUUCCGUCGCAGCUGAGGAAAAGGGUCCGACGCUACGAGCGCCACUGUUGGUCAGCUGUUGGAGGAGACGACGAGAUGGAGAUCAUCAAGGACCUGCCAGAGGGGCUCCGCCGCGACAUCAAACGCUUCCUAUGCCUUGACCUCAUCAAACAGGUGCCGUUGUUCCACAGCUUGGAUGAUUUGAUUCUCGACAACAUAUGCGACCGUGUUAAGCCCAUUCUCAUCUCCAAAGGCGAGAAGAUUAUACGAGAGGGAGAUCCCGUGCUGCGAAUGGUGUUCGUGGUUCGUGGUCGAGUGAAGAGUAGCCAAAACCUAAGCAGAGGAAUUGUGGCGACCAGCUUAAUUGAAGCGGGGGGUUUCUUCGGGGACGAGCUUAUGUCGUGGUGCCUUCGCCGCCCGUUUUUGGAUAGGCUGCCGCCGUCGUCUGCGACGUUUACUUGUAUCGAGUCAACAGAGGCGUUUGGUCUUGAUGCGAACAACCUUAAGUAUAUUACCGAUCACUUCCGAUAUAAGUUCGCAAAUGAGAGGCUGACACGUACGGCUAGAUAUUAUUCCUCGAAUUGGAGGACUUGGGCUGCGGUCCACAUCCAGUUGGGUUGGCGGCGUUACUUGCAACGGACGCGUCGUACGUUAGCCUACACUUCUGCUAACGGGGACAGUCAUCGUCGUCUCAGGCAGUGCGCAGCGAUCUUUCUAGGCAUCCGGCCUCAUGAUCAUCUUGAAUGAGAUCCAAGUGAUACUCUCUUGAUUGUGAGUAUUGAGAUAUCAAUGAUCAAUUAAAAGUCAAAAGAUCAUCAUUCAUUGGAUGUAAACUUGAAUUUUGACAUCUAUAUGGCAAUUGUGAUAGUUGAUUUCAUGAUUACAAA